AGCUUCAGAGUCGCCAGGGUGUCCAACUCCAUCAGGUUCAUUGUUCACUUUGUGUGGCUGAAGUAGUCCAACAUCCGAUGGAAGCACGACCCUUAAAAACUGGAGCAAUGGUCUCUUUGACUGCUUUGAAAAUGCAAAUACUUGUUGCUAUGGUUUCUGGUGCUGCCCUUGCCUUGCCUGCACAGUUUCAGGAAAAUUUGGAGAGAACCGUUGUCUCCCAUUAUGUGACAUAUUAAGCCCCGCCAUAAUGGCUAUCUUUGGGAUACCUGUGUGUGCGGCGCCUCCUGCAGGCCUCUCCUUAAGGUCUGCCAUGCGAAACAGAUAUGCUAUCGAGGGUUCUCUCUGUAGGGACAUCGUAAUUUCCUGUUUCUGCGGGUGGUGCAACUGGUGUCAGAUGCAUCGUGAGUUAAGAAAUCGUGAAAACACUCCCAUUGUUGUCAAUGUGCACCAUCAAAAUGUUAUAAACGUGAAUGUGCAGCAGCCUGCUCCAAUGAUGAUGGCUCCUGAAUACCCUGCUCCAACAAUGAUGGCUCCUGAAUACCCUGCUCCAAUGAUGAUGGGUCCUGAAUACCCUGCUCCAAUGAUGAUGGCUCCUGAAUACCCUGCUCCAACGAUGAUGGCUCCUGAAUACCCUGCUCCAAUGAUGAUGGGUCCUGAAUACCCUGCUCAAAUGAUGAAGCCUCCUGAAUACAAAUUAGUGGAAACCAAAGAUUGAGAGUAUGAUGAUGAUGACAUUUUAGUUUCUUAACCCUCACAGGUCUAAUCCAAUUUCUUUCCCAUAUUUGGUUCGCCUGGUCUCCUUGUGUAAUAAUGCUUGUAUAACCUCAACCCUGUGAUGCACAAUCAAGUUAUAAACAUCUUUUUUCAGGACGAUCUGGGCUAUCAGGAUAUGUAUGCUGCAGGGAUGUCAUAAGAAUGUAUGCAUUGCUAUAUGACCAUAAAAGACGACAGAAAAGACUAAACAGUAAUUGAAUCUGACAAAAAUGUAUUAAAAUCACACAGAGAAUAAUAAAAUCUAAACCUUUUGGCUUUUGAAAAUUGUUAU